AUGACAAUUGAUUCAUCUUCUACUUUUGCUUUUGGAACUAGAGCUAUCCAUGUUGGCGCUCCUAUUGAUGCUACUACUGGUGCAGUUAUUGAACCUAUUUCAUUAUCCACCACAUUUGGUCAAUCCGAACCUUCAAAGCCAAUUGGUAUUUAUGAAUAUUCACGUUCAGCCAACCCAAAUAGAGAUAAUUUUGAAACUGCUGUUGCUUCUUUGGAAUCAGCCAAGUACGCUAUUGCUUUAUCUUCAGGUUCAGCAACCACUGCUUUAGUUAUUCAAUCUUUGCCAAUUGGAUCUCAUAUCAUUUCUGGCGGAGAUGUUUAUGGUGGAACUCAUAGAUAUUUCACUAAAGUAGCCAAUCAUCAUGGUGUUGAAGCUACAUUUGUUGGUGACUUGGAAUCGGAUUUAGAAACUUCUUUAAGACCAGAAACUAAAUUAGUAUGGUUGGAAACCCCAUCAAAUCCAACUUUAAAAGUUACUGAUAUUACCAAGGUUAAACAGAUUUUGCAAGAUCAUCAAGCAAAAACUGGUAACAAAGUGUUGUUGGUUGUUGAUAAUACAUUUUUAUCACCUUAUAUUUCCAACCCAUUAAAAUUUGGUGCUGAUGUUGUUGUUCAUUCAGUUACAAAAUAUAUUAACGGACAUUCGGAUGUAGUUAUGGGUGUUUUGGCCACUAAUGAUACUGACUUGCAUGAAAAAUUUAGAUUUUUACAAAAUGCCAUUGGAUCCAUUCCAUCACCAUUUGAUUCUUGGUUAGCUCAUAGAGGUUUAAAAACCUUGCACUUGAGAUUACGUCAAGCAUCUACUUCUGCACAAAAAAUUGCUGAAUAUUUACAAUCGAGAAUUGAAGAUGGUUCAGUAAUUCAUGUUAACUAUCCUGGUUUAAAAGCUCAUAAGCAACAUGGGGUUGUUUUACGUCAACAUAGAGAUGGAUUAGGUGGAGGAAUGAUUUCUUUUAGAAUUAAAGGUGGAGCCAAAGGAGCUUCAGUUUUCACUUCUUCAACUAAAUUAUUCACUUUAGCUGAAUCACUUGGUGGUAUUGAAUCAUUGAUUGAAGUUCCAGCAAUUAUGACUCAUGGAGGUAUUCCGAAAGAAGAAAGAGAAGCUAAUGGUGUUUAUGAUGAUUUGGUUAGAGUAUCGGUUGGAAUUGAAGAUACUGAUGAUUUACUCAAGGACAUUGAGCAAGCUUUGCACAAGGUUAAGAAUUUGUAA